AAUUUUGAAAAGCUUCACUUCCCACUCUCUCUCUCUCUCUCUCUCUCUCUCUUCCUACGGCUGCGAAAAUGGUAAUCGGUUACAGAGACAACGCCGGUGAAUCGGAAUCCGCCGGAGACCCGCUCUUCCCGUGGCUUAUGAAGAUUAAAAAUUCGAUGGAGGAUCUACACUCUGGUAAAACUUCCGGCGAAGAUCUUGAUAAGCUUCUCUAUGAUUGUAUCUCAACUUAUAAGGAAGAUGCUCGGUACCGAAAUGACAUCAGAUUCCUCAAGAUCUGGUUUCUCUAUCUUGACGGCAAGGAAGAUUUUGAGAGGGUGUAUAGAGAAGUUGAAGAGAAUGAGAUAUGUAUAGGGCAUUCGUUGCUCUAUGAAUGGUAUGCUAUUUUUCUUGAGGUCAAAGGAUUAUGGCGAAGAGCAAAUUCGGUUUAUCAGACUGGUCUUUCAAGGAAAGCUGAACCAUUUGACAGGUUAAAAGAGGCUCACUCGUUGUUCUUACAAAGAAUCUCUAAGAGGACCAAAACUUCUUCCCUUGAAGAGGCCACUGACUUGGAGACGGGUUUUGUGAAUCCAUGGGAAACCUCUACUGUGAACGGCUUAAUUCACAAGAUAAAACCCCAGCUUGUGAAAUAUGAUGGGUACCAUGCAAGCAACAAAGUUUUCCCCGGAAAAGCCAACCUGUCAUCUUUGCAGAAUUAUUCCAGAAAUAAGAUCAUUGACAUAGGUGGAAGAAAGUACCAGAUGAAGGGCUGUGCUGGCCAAGGUGGUUUUGCUCAAGUGUUCAAAGCAUACAUUGACAGCAAUCCCGAUGAAGUAGUUGCUCUAAAGGUACAAAAGCCACCUUUUCCUUGGGAAUUCCACAUGUAUCGCCAACUUGAUUGCAGGAUCCCAGAGAGCCAAAGAUCAAGUUUUGGAUUGGCUCAGAGAGUGCACGUGUAUUCAGACUACAGUAUACUUGUCUGCGAUUAUCUAUCACAUGGGACACUCCAGGACGUCAUAAACUCAUAUGUCGUUGUUGGAAAGUCCAUGGAAGAAGUUUUGUGCAUGUAUUACACAAUAGAAAUGCUGUACAUGCUGGAAACUUUGCACAGUGUUGGAAUCAUUCAUGGUGAUUUCAAGCCAGACAAUCUGCUGAUCCGAUACCCUCCAGAAAACCUAACUGAGACAGGCUUUCAUGAUAAAACAGGUUCUUGGAGCAAUCAGGGUCUCUGUCUUGUUGACUGGGGUAGAGGAAUAGACUUGAGCCUGUUUCCUAGAACCGCCGAGUUUACAGGAGACUGUCGUACUUCAGGCUUCCGUUGCAUGGAGAUGAAAGAGAAGAAACCUUGGAAGUUUCAGGCAAGUCUUUUAAAUCACACUGUGGACACUUAUGGACUAUGUGUAAUCGUCCACAUGAUGCUGCACAACUCCUACAUGGAGAUCGAGAAGAAACAAUCUCUGGACGGUGGCUACAUUAAUAUGCCGAGAACUUCAUUUAAAAGAUACUGGAACGUGAAUCUGUGGAAGGAACUAUUCACGAAGCUGCUCAACAGAGAGACGUGUGAAGAUGACACAGAGACACUAAGGAAUCUGAGAAAGUCAAUGGAAGAGUAUAUAUGCUCCGAUCCUAAGCUCAUGAAGAAGCUUAACGAGUUACUCGCCAAACAACGCAUCUCUUUAUGCUCUUCGUAAUUAUCUUCACUCAGUAAUUAAAGAGUCUCUGUAUAG